AAUCUAUUUUGGUUUUACGCUGCUACAAGCCUGCACGAUAAUCCUUUUGCGAUUUUCCAUUUGUAUAGGCUAUAUUUUUCUCGUCAUUUGGGAUGUUUUGGAUUCCCUUUCUAAAAAGUUUGAGGCAUGAGACGUGGGAUUAUUUAUUUAUUUCUGGCUUCUUCGCGGCGCACAGAGUGGACAGGACUCAAAUUUUCCCCUGCGCGUCUGUGGUGAACUUGGAUUAGCGCGCUCUCUCCUCCACAUCUACUUUCUCUCUCCUAUCCUGUCCAACUCUCUCCUAAAAUAUGAUAGAUAUGUCACAGAUAUGACAUCAAUAACAACGACCACUUUUUGAAAUCGACUGAAAGAGAAGGGGUCUCACGGAAAAUGCAGAAGAGCGUGCGGUAUAAUGAGGGGCACGCUCUAUAUCUGUCGCUUGUCGCGCGCAAAGAGGGCACGAAACGCGGCAUCCUGAGCAAGAAGACGACGGAGAACAGUCGGUGGAAUGACAAGUACUUUGCUCUCUACCAGAAUGUGCUCUUUUACUUCGAGAACGACCAGAGCACACGGCCCUCCGGGAUUUACUUGCUGGAGGGGUGCACGUGCGAGAGGGUUCCCGCGCCCAAAGGCGCCACGGUCAGUAAGGACAUGGUGGACAAGCAGCAGCACUACUUCCUGGUGGUGUUUGGCCAUGACGGUCAGAAGCCUCUGGAGCUGCGGACGGAGGAGGAGUCAGACUGCAAUAAGUGGGUGGAGUAUAUCCAACAGGCCAGUUACUCUGACAUCAUCAUUGAGCGCGAGGUCCUGAUGCAGAAGUACAUCCACCUGGUCCAGAUCAUGGAGACAGAGAAGGUGGCGGCCAACCAGCUACGCACCCAGCUAGAGGACCAGGACACAGAGAUAGAGAGGCUGAAAGCAGAGAUCGUGCUGUUGAACAAGGCCAAGGAGAGGAUGCUGCCUUACCAGACCAACCAGGAGGAGGAGGACCCAGACAUUAAAAAGAUCAAAAAGGUCCAGAGUUUCAUGCGAGGCUGGCUGUGUCGGAGGAAGUGGAAAAUCAUCGUCCAGGACUACAUCUGUUCCCCCCACGCUGAGAACAUGAGGAAGAGGAACCACAUCGUGUUCAACAUGGUGGAGGCAGAGACCGAGUACGUCUGCCAGCUCUCUGUCCUGGUCAACUUCUUCCUCAGGCCGCUACGUAUGGCCGCCAGCUCCAAGAAACCUCCCAUCAGCCACGAUGACGUUAGCAGCAUCUUCCUCAACAGUGAGACCAUCAUGUUCCUCCAUGAGAUCUUUCAUCAGGGCCUGAAGGCUCGGAUAGCCAACUGGCCUACGCUGGUGCUGGCGGACCUGUUUGACAUUCUGCUGCCCAUGCUGAACAUCUACCAGGAGUUUGUGAGGAACCACCAGUACAGCCUGCAGGUGCUGGCCAACUGUAAACAGAACAGGGACUUGGACAAGCUGCUGAAGCAGUAUGAGGCGAACGCUGCCUGUGAGGGACGCAUGCUGGAGACCUUCCUCACCUACCCCAUGUUCCAGAUCCCUCGUUACAUCAUCACUCUCCAUGAGCUGCUGGCACACACGCCUCAUGAGCACGUGGAGCGCAAGAGCCUGGAGUUCGCCAAGUCCAAACUAGAGGAGCUGUCAAAGCUCUAUGAUCCAGUCCCAUCCAGCAGUGAACGGGGCAUGCUCAGUAAGGUCCGUCUGGGCUCUCUGUCCCUCAGGAAGGAAGGAGAACGACAGUGCUUCCUGUUUACGAAACACUUCCUUGUCUGCACACGCACCUCCGGGGGAAAGCUGCACCUGCUCAAGCAGGGUGGGGUGUUGUCCCUAAUAGAAUGUACCCUUGUAGAGGAGCUGGAUGCCAACGAUGAGGACUACAAUGCAGGAGGUCAGGGCUUCAACCACCUGGAGUUUAAAAUCGUGGUGGAACCCCCUGAUGGCCCCGCCUUCUCUGUCAUCCUAUUGGCUCCCUCCCGCCAGGAGAAAGCGGCCUGGACCAGUGACAUCAGUCAGUGUAUAGAUAAUAUCCGCUGUAAUGGCCUGAUGACCAGCGUAUUUGAGGAGAACUCUAAAGUAACUGUGCCGCACAUGAUCAAGUCGGACGCACGGCUGCACAAAGAUGAUGUGGACAUCUGCUUCAGCAAGACGCUCAACUCCUGCAAGGUCCCCCAGAUCCGCUACGCCAGCGUGGAGCGGCUGCUGGAGAGACUGACUGACCUGCGCUUCCUCUCUAUCGACUUCCUCAACACCUUCCUCCACACGUACAGGAUCUUUACUACCGCUGCUGUGGUCAUGGACAAACUGGCCGACAUAUACAAGAAACCUUUUACCUCUAUACCGGUCAGGUCUCUGGAGUUGUUCUUUGCCACCAACCAGGGGACGUGGGGAGGCGAGCACCUCAACAACAAAUCUCCCCGUCUCUGUCGCAAGUUCUCCUCUCCUCCUCCUCUCACCAUCCCCUCCCGCACCUCCUCCCCGGUUCACUCCCGCAAACUCUCCCUCUCCUCCCCGGUCUCCUCCAAGGCAGGAGUCCUAGACCUCUCCACCCCUUCCUCCUCUGCUGCUAACAUCCCCCGAGCUUGCCUCUCAAGCCCGGCCUUCAGGGUUUUCUCGCCUCCUCCCACCUCCACCGGGGCUCCAUCGGGGUUCUCGUCCCCCCUCCCACCUGCAGCGCGGGCUCCCAGCCUGCCAACAGUCCUGGGGUCUCCACCUCCCCUCCCACCACACAAAAGCCCUUCUAGAACUGAGCCGCCCCCCGGUUCACCGGAACCUGUCCCCCCAACGCCGGAAGAGGGAGGAGACAUGCCGCGCAUCGAUGCAUUCUGUGGAAAACUCAGACGCAGCAUCCGCAGGGCUGUUCUGGAGACGGUUUUCUCUGGAGAAGUUCCUCCAGAGUCUAACCCUCAAGUCAGCGAGGACCGCGUCCCCCUGACAGAGUCCCCCUGUCGCUCCCCCUCUACACCCAGACACAUGCGAUACAGACAGUCUGGAGGUUCCAGCGGGGAAAACAAUCGUGGUACUAUGUCACCAGCCUCAGCCUUCGCUAUUGCCACGGCAGCCGCCGGACACGGCAGUUUCAAUAAUAGUGAGAGGACUUGUGACAAGGAGUUUAUCAUCCGUAGAGCUGCUACCAACAGAGUCCUCAACGUACUGCGUCACUGGGUCUCCAAGCACUCACAGGACUUUGAGUUGAACAGUGAGCUGAAGGUGGGUGUAAUGACCCUUCUGGAGGAGGUGCUACGAGACCCAGACCUGCUGCCUCAAGAGAGGAAAGCCACCGGAAACAUUCUAAGUGCCCUUUCUCAAGAUGAACAAGAUGAUGCUCAACUCAGGAUAGAAGACAUCCUACAGACGGCGGAGUGUCCCAAAGCAGAGUGUUUUGAGUCUCUGUCUGCGAUGGAGCUGGCUGAACAGAUCACCCUGCUAGACCACAUUGUGUUCAGGAGCAUCCCUUACGAAGAGUUUCUGGGCCAGGGCUGGAUGAAGCUGGACAAGUCAGAGAGAACUCCAUACAUCAUGAAGACCAGUCAGCACUUUAACGAUAUGAGUAACCUGGUAGCGUCUCAGAUCAUUGCCCAUACAGACGUGGGCUCCAGGGCGAACUCCAUAGAGAAGUGGUUGGCGGUUGCUGAUAUCUGUCGCUGCCUUAACAACUAUAACGGAGUUCUAGAGAUCACCUCAGCUCUCAACCGUAGCGCCAUCUACAGGCUGAAGAAGACAUGGGCCAAAGUCUGCAAACAGACCAAGUCAUUGAUGGACAGGCUGCAGAAGACAGUGUCAUCAGAGGGCCGGUUCAAGAACCUGAGAGAAACCCUGAAAAACUGCAACCCUCCCUGUGUGCCCUAUCUGGGGAUGUAUCUGACUGACCUGGCCUUCAUCGAAGAGGGAACGCCCAACUUCACCGAGGAGGGACUCGUCAACUUCUCCAAGAUGAGGAUGAUGUCUCACAUCAUCAGAGAGAUCCGUCAGUUCCAGGGUGCGCCCUACAGGAUAGAGCACCAAGCCAAGGUAACUCAGUUCCUGCUGGAUAAGACUCUGGUGAUGGAUGAGGACACCUUGUAUGAGCUGUCCCUGAAGAUUGAACCCCGCAUCCCUCCUGGCUAAACACACAGAAACACCACCCAGUCGCUCUCAGUCCAGCUGCAUCAGACACUUAGUAAUUAGUUGGUAACAAUGGAACCAGUGGACGGGAGAGCCCUGAGAAUCACCCGGUUAAGGGUUCCUGUUACUUUAUCAGCAUUGCCAAUGAUUAUGCUUAAGAACUCUGGUGAAGAUGUGCCUUGCUUGUAAAUAUGUACAUAUCAAGAUUUAGUAAUAAACUGUAAAGUGUGUUUAUAACAUGUUAUAAUGAUUUCCUGAUGAUCUUGCAUGCAUUUCCAUGUAUACAUUUACAUUGCUCUGAAAAAGGCUCAAGUAGAACCAAGGUAGAUUCUGGUUUGGCUGUGACUGAUUAUGAGAGAGAUGUCUAGCUUGCCAGACUAAUGGCAGCUGUGGGCAGACUAGUGGGGAGGAACAGUGGCGGUCACUAUAUUGCCCUCUACUGGUGAACUGGUGAAAGUCAGCCUCAUAUCAAAUAGUGAUAACAUUCCCCAAAGGUUUUUGCACUUCCUUGAAGACAUCUCCAUGGGUCCACCGGAACCCGAAUACCCGAGACCCGACCGGGUUCAAAAUUCUAUAUUUUCCUUCGGGUCCGGGUCGUGUCCUGUCUGAUUGUCAUCGGGUCUCCGGUCUAUUUAACUACAGCUGAUAGACUAGAGUGGACCCGAAUGGACCCGACCACGGCUCUGCAUAGCCUAUAGCAUAUUUAUUAUACGUUAAUAAGGUGAAUUUAUUGACUUACAGAAGGCCUAGCCAACAUAUAAAAACCUAUUUGUUAACCAGAAGACCAACUUGGAUGAUAAAAAAAAUUGUCACUCGGGUCCAAUCGAGUCUAUCUGUGUCUGUUGAACAAUUACCUGAUUGGUUCUGGCCUUGUUCCUGUUGACACACACACUGAUGAUGUAAGCAUGGACUUUACAUCCUGUCAUUUAGCAUGUUCAUUUAUUUACUUAUUUAUUAAGCAUUUUAAACAUUGUUUUACUUCUGUCUAUUGUUGUAUUCACACUGGGCACAGACAUCAAUUCAACAUGUAUUCCACAUUGGUUCAACCAGUGUGUUCCCCGUGGGUUCUCUGUAUAAAGGUUUUAAACUGUUAUUUGUGACAAGAAACAUUUUAAGAAGAUAUUCGCAUAUGAGGAGCCACUUUUCUCAACCGUGUAAUUAUGCACAAUCUAAUAUACUGUAGCUAAUUCUCCCCAGAGCCAGACAGUGUAUAGAGAAUAUACAUGUACGGCUUUACCUUUGCCAGUCCUGACCCAAAUCGCAGUUUCAGAAAUGUUCUUCAAUUAAGUGUAACAUGUCUGUUUUGCGAAUGACAACAUUCAAGUAAAGGGACUUGACCCAAGCGGUCGUUACAGUUUACUUACAACUUGUGUCUGAAUAUUUCUCAAUGUUGUAGUUUAUGUCUGGAUGUGUUUAUUUAUUAGUAUUUGUUCGAUUUUUAUCUGAUUACUUGUUAAACAGUAUUAUUGGAAAUCUUGCGCUAUUGAUUUGUAAAGUAUGUCAAUAGAUGUGUAACUUCUUGGAGCUUUUGGAUCGUUAAAGCGGUAGAGCACUUUUCUCUUUCUUUACAGUGUUGUUCUUCAGAUAACUGCUUUUCCCAGACUGCUUCCGUUUUCUACAGUCCUGAAUGGCAGGAAUCUUUCUCACAUCCAGAUAGUAUCCACAGUCCUGCUUUUAUACCUGACCAUGUACUUUGUUAUAAAAACUGUUGUUUAACCGCUGUAUUUUUUCCAUGCACUUCCUUAGAGAAUGUACAGAUUUACACUCCUGGCUUGUAAAUAAAAUAAAAUUUGUUAAUGUCA